GCACCACCCCCACAAGGACACCGAGGCGGGGAAGGAGGAGAGACAGAGGGAGGGAGAUAGCCAGAUAUAGAGGAGACAUAGCCGGGGAGACGGAACCUCGACCACCAUGUCGCGACGACGGGUAGUUGUGAAGCAGCAGAAGCCUCAGGGAGGCGGUAUGCAGGCUGCUAUGAAAGAGAUGGCUAAUUUCGAGGAUGGCAUGCCCACACCGUACAUCCCUCCGGACAAGAACAGCCUUUACGUCAGGCCCGCAGAGGCGCUUCGAAGGAUGGACGUGUCCAAGCUGAUCGUGAUCUGGCCCAACAACGUCGACUCGACGAGGACGAUCAAGAGGGGGAGAAGAAUACCCAAGGCUAGCGGAUGUCCGUCACCCACAGUGGAGGACAUGUCCCAGGUGCUAGAGUUCUUGCAGCUCUGGCACGCCGUCGAACCGUACAAGGCCUACCCCAGGGAACCGUGGGUCUUGGGGCGAGUGAGGGUUAGGCUUGCGGACGAGGACGGGGUUCCGUGGAAUCCGGAGGUGCCCGACCGACCAUCGUUGAUGAAGAAAAUGGGGGAGCUGAUGCCCAACCUCAAGAGCCGGAUCGACCGCAUCUCCAAGGCCAAGAAGGACGCGGAGGCGUUGGCGAGGGCGGAGAAGGAAAAGGCCGCCGCCGCAGUGGCCGCCGCGUCCCAGUCGAACAUGAAGAAGAAGGGGAAGAAGAAGGGAAAGCGAUAACGUUUGCCCACAGUAGUGGAGGGUUCUCUUCCUUUGGUGUCGGCAGGCGGAGGAGCAGGGCUAGGGUUCUGGUACUUCAAAGUACUGCCGCAGUACUGUAACAAGAAAAAAUUGUCCUUGCCAUUUUCGUCGAUGGCACUUUUGUCUUAUAGGGAAGCUUUGCAUAGAUAGCUAGUUGGAGAUCUUGUCUGGCACAUAAAUGUGGCGAUUUAGUCCCGACACCAAGGGACCCGGCCUCUUCUUGCCACUUGUUGGCAACGGCUGGGUUGUUGUCAAGCCUUGCCGCAACACGCGGGCCGACGAAAGAGUUGUUGUCUGCUCCGUGGGUGUGUGAUCG